AUGGCAGAUAAGUCUGAUGUCAAAGAUGGUUUUGCCUACCCCUCGAGACCUUUGAGUGUUAUCGUGGUAGGUGCUGGCAUUUCCGGCAUUAUGAUGGCUAUUAAACUACAGGAAAACAUUACAAACCUAAGCUUGACUAUUUAUGACAAGAAUCCCGAGCUCGGGGGAACGUGGUGGGAGAAUAGAUAUCCUGGAUGUGCUUGUGAUAUACCAGCGCAUACAUACCAACUUUCUUUCGACUCCAACCGAGCCUGGUCAACCUAUUAUGCGUCCGCUGGGGAGAUACUUCAGUACUGGAAGCGUGUUGCGGAGAAAUACGAUGUCAGAAAACUCAUGAAAUUCCGCCAUCGCCUCACUCAUGCUCAGUGGAAUCAGUUAUCCUCACAAUGGGAAGUCAUGGUUGAUGAUGAGUUGACGGGGUUCUCCACAAAGCAAUGUUGCGAUGUACUCAUUACCGCUAUGGGGGCAUUAAAUCAAUGGAACUGGCCAUCAAUUACCGGACUCCACGAUUUUCAGGGUAAACUAAUGCACAGCGCAGACUGGGACAGCAGCUACGAUUUGAAAGUGAGCACAACACCGCCCUACUUCUCCACCAUGAAAACAUUGGCCGGAAGGGGUUCUAAUUUACCACAGGGAAAGAAAGUCGCUGUUAUAGGGGCAGGAUCGAGUGGGAUUCAAAUAGUUCCUAGCAUUCAGCCAGAAGUUGAGCGCCUGGAUCAUUACGUACGCGGAAGAACCUGGAUUGCUUCGUCGCUUGCAAGCGAAGAAAUCGAGGACAGAGGUGAGAAGACGGGCAACUUCAUCUACUCCCAAGAAGAAAUUAGCGCCUGGCAGAAAGAUCCGACUUCAUACCUAGACUAUAGGAAACGACUUGAAAAUGCGAUUCAGGGUGGAUUCGAAGUUACCGCGAAAGGUAGCCAGGCUCAUGAGCAAGCUCGAGAGGUUUUCAAAAAUCUCAUGGCUGAUCGCCUCUCGGACAGGCCUGAUCUCUUCGAAAAUCUUAUUCCAAGCUUCGCACCAUUUUGCAAGAGAUUGACACCAGGGCCGGGCUACCUGGAAUCACUUUCAAAGGAGAAUGUCGACGUGACUUUUGAGCCGAUUGAUCAUAUUUCGAAAACAGGCAUCGUUACAAGAGACGGGAAACUUCGAGAAGUCGAUGCCAUAAUUUGCGCGACGGGAUUCAAUACUUCCUUUACUAAUCGAUUUCCUAUCUAUGGAAAAGACGGACAAAAGUUAUUUGAGAAAAAGUCAAAUGAUAUAAAUAACCUGUCCACCUACCUGUCAAUCACCGUGGAUGAAUUCCCAAAUUUUUUCAUGAUGUUAGGUCCAAACUCGGGCCUCGGCCACGGAAACUUGCUGAUCAUCCUUGAGCAAAUUGCGAAGUACUGUGCGAAAACUUUGUCAAAGAUGCAACGGGAAAAUAUCGCCAGCAUGGAGCCAAGGAAAAGCGCGGUUCAUGGAUUCGCUAGAUUUUGCGAUGAGUUUUUCCAAGGUAGGGUGUUUAGCGACGAAUGUCCUUCGUGGUAUAAGACAAAUGACAGAGUAACGGCCCUAUGGCCAGGGUCAAGCUUGCAUGCAGUGCAAUCCCUCGAAAACCCUAGAUGGGAGGAUUUCCGAUACAUUUACGUCAAUGAAAAACCGACAAGCUGGCUAGGAAACGGCACUACUGCUGCGGAUAAUGACCCUAAUUCUGACAAGAGUUACUAUUUGACUUCUUUGGCUCAAAUACAGGAGGAUCUUUAG